AUGGCAUCAGGCAAAGGAGGAAAAAAAGAUCCACAAUCUCAAUCACACAUGGACGAUAAUUCAUCAGCAGGAGUUUUUAAAUCAUCACAAAUUAAGAAAAUUUUAAAAAAUUGUAGUAAACAAAGAAUUUCUAAGGAUGCUUGUAAAGCAGUCUCUGCUGUAUUAAUAUACAUUAUGAGUGAAAUAAUGGAUGGAGCUAGGAACACUGCAAAUGCAGACGGAAAGAAAAAAAUAUUACCUAAACAUAUAAAUAGUGCUAUAUGUAAAGAUGUGGAAUUAAAUCAUAUAGGACAUAAUUGGAUUAUAAAAAGCGGAGGUGUAAAAUCAGGGGCGUUGCCACAAGAAAUGUCUAAAAAAUCUGAUUAA